UUCGAAGAUAAGUUGAACGCUCUGUGGCGACAGCCUCUGGUGCAGCGAUUGUUCGACAAGGAACGCAGACUAAUCGAAAGACAACACACGGGAAAGUCGGAAACGAAGUGCUUAGACUGGACGCGCCUGUGCGCAUUGGAAUCCUGGACAAUUAGCGACCCAGCCAAAUUCGCUACCUGCGCAGUCGCGGAAGAUAAGACGCAGGAGGAAUCUUGCAGACGUGAGGACCCUUGCAAGACUCAGCC